CAGGAUGAGAACAGCUUUUACUCUCACCUCCCUUCUCGUCUCCUCACCUCUCAGAGUCGCCUCGUGUGAAAGAAGGAAAGGACGUAGAGCGCUUUGAAGCCUGGAUAUCUGCAUUGUGUCGACAGCUGAAGACCAGACCUGAGGAUUUAGCACAAGAGGCUGUUUCAUGCUUUGGAGUUUACGGUCUGCUUGCUUUUGAAUCUGAUUCUACAGGUGUGUGUGUGAACGCUUGGCUCUUCAAGAAUCAUCUUCGGGUGUGUUUACCUGUCUCAGGGGGAUCUAAACAGGUGCAAAAGUUUUCAGACUAGCUUGACGAUGACUACCAUGCAGAAGUUGCUCCAGCUGCCUGUGAACGCAGUGAACAUGGUGAAGGGUGUGCAGGGAGUCGCUCAGGGCCAGGAGGAAGCUCUCAGUCCGGUGCUGACGCCCGACAGUGGCCCACAAAACUGGUACAGCGCCGUCCAGCCCGAAGAACUCCGACACCUGAGAUCUGGGGGGACGGGGGGUGGGGGUGGAGGUGGGGAGGGGUCAGAAGAUCGAUCUGCGCUGGAGGAGGGGCUUAGCAGCGUUCAAACGCAACCUUUACGACACGAUGACCUGAAGGAAAUGCUGGACAGUAAUAAAGACUCCUUGAAGCUGGAGGCCAUGAAGCGUAUUGUUGCGAUGAUCGCCCGGGGGAAGAACACUUCAGAUCUCUUCCCUGCAGUGGUGAAGAACGUGGCCUGUAAGAACAUCGAGGUGAAGAAGCUGGUGUACGUGUAUCUCGUGCGGUACGCUGAAGAACAGCAGGAUCUCGCUUUGCUGUCCAUUUCCACCUUCCAGAGAGGACUGAAGGACCCCAACCAGCUGAUCCGUGCGAGUGCCCUGCGUGUGCUGUCCAGCAUCAGAGUGACCAUCAUCGUGCCCAUCAUGAUGUUAGCCAUCAAAGAGGCAGCGUCUGACAUGUCUCCAUACGUCCGCAAGACCGCAGCUCAUGCCAUACCCAAACUACACAGUCUGGACCCAGAACAGAAAGAUCAGUUGAUUGAAGUCAUCGAGAAGCUGCUCUCUGAUAAAACCACACUGGUAGCCGGCAGUGUGGUGAUGGCGUUUGAGGAAGUGUGUCCGGACCGCAUUGAUCUGAUCCAUAAGAACUACCGUAAGCUGUGUAACCUGCUGAUUGACGUGGAGGAGUGGGGUCAGGUGGUCAUCAUCAACAUGCUCACACGCUACGCCAGAACACAGUUCCUCAACCCCAACGUCAAUGAGUCUCUGUUGGAGGAGAACAGCGAGAAGGCCUUCUACGCCUCUGAUGAUGAGGAAGAUGAAGAUAAGAAAGCCGAGGCAGCCACUGUAGUGAAGAGGAAGCCAUAUGUGAUGGACCCCGAUCAUAGACUCCUACUGAGGAACACCAAACCCCUGCUGCAGAGCCGCAACGCUGCUGUGGUGAUGGCAGUAGCUCAGUUGUACUUCCAUUUGGCUCCGAAAGCAGAGGUGGGCAUCAUUGCUAAAGCGUUGGUCAGGUUGAUGCGCAGCCACAGUGAAGUGCAGUACGUCGUGCUUCAGAACGUCGCCACGAUGACCAUCAAGAGACGAGGAAUGUUUGAGCCGUAUCUGAAAAGUUUUUAUAUCCGCUCCACAGACCCGACGCAGAUCAAAAUCCUCAAGCUGGAGGUUUUGACUAAUUUGGCUAAUGAGACGAACAUCUCCACCAUCCUGAGAGAAUUUCAGACAUAUAUUAAGAGCAUGGAUAAGGAUUUCGUGGCAGCCAGCAUUCAGGCCAUAGGUCGCUGUGCUACAAACAUCGGUGAAGUCAGAGACACCUGUCUGAACGGCCUCGUCCAGCUGCUGUCCAACAGAGACGAGUUGGUUGUGGCUGAAUCAGUGGUGGUGAUUAAAAAGCUUCUGCAGAUGCAGCCUGAACAGCAUAGUGACAUCAUCAAACACAUGGCCAAACUCAUCGACAACAUCCAGGUGCCCAUGGCCCGAGCGAGCAUCCUGUGGCUGAUCGGAGAAUACUGCGAACACGUCCCCAAAAUCGCCCCCGACGUCCUGAGAAAGAUGGCCAAAAGCUUCAACAACGAGGAAGACAUUGUCAAGCUGCAGAUCAUCAAUCUGGCUGCCAAACUGUACCUAACUAACUCAAAACAGACUAAACUGUUGACGCAGUAUGUACUGAACCUGGCAAAAUAUGAUCAAAACUAUGACAUCAGAGAUCGAGCCCGCUUUAUCCGCCAACUCAUUGUGCCCACCGAUAAAAGCGGCGCUCUUAACAAAUACGCCAAGAAGCUUUUCCUGGCACUCAAGCCUGCCCCCGUCCUGGAGUCUCCAUUUAAAGACCGAGAUCACUUCCAGCUGGGGUCACUGUCCCAUCUGCUGAACGCUAAAGCCGGAGGAUACCAGGAGCUGCCCAACUGGCCUGAAUCGGCACCUGACCCAUCCGUGCGCAACGUGGAGGUUAUUACGCUGCUUGAAAGAGUCACCACUUUAACCAGCAUUCCAGAUUGGAGCAAAUGCUCGAGCCGGAAGGAUCGUAAGGAGAAGAAAGUAGAGAAACCUUUUUACUCCGACUCCGAAGGAGAAUCAGGUCCAACUGAAUCAGCAGAUAGCGAAUCAGACUCGGGCAGCGGUUCAGCGAGCGCUAGCGGCAGUGAUGAAAGCGGUUCCGGUUCAGAGAGUGAAGAGAGCGGAGAAGAGACCGAGUCUGAGGAGGAAGAGGAUGAUGAGGAGGAAGAAAAGAAGAAAAGGAAGAAGCUGGACAAAACCAAAGCAAAGAAGCCAGCAGAGGAGAGUGCAGAGAGCGAACAGAGCAGCAGUGCAGAGGACAGGAAGAGUGUCAGGAAGACAGUGAAGAAUCAGAAAAGUGCUUCAGAAUCAGAGAGCGAAUCAGAGAGCAGCGAAUCAGAGGAUGAGUCGGAGGAGGAGUCAGAGGAGGAGUCUGAGUCUGACACAUCCAACAUCAGGAAGAAGAAGAUGCCUGUAUCAAAACAGCCUCCCAAACAAUCCAAAAAAGAGAGCAAGAAGGAGACGCAGGAAAUGUCUUUGCUGGAUCUGGAUGACUUUGAACCAGCUCCAGCAUCGGCUUCAGUGACUCCGGUUAACUUCCUGUCCAGUAGUCUGGUAUCUGAUCUGGAGGGUUUGUCACUGACCGACGCUAUUCUUGGACCUACAACCAUUGCACCUUCUGGUGCGAUAAAGAUGUAUGAGCUCCUGCAUCGUAUAAAAGGUGAGGGUCUUGCGGUUGACUAUUGCUUCAGCCGGCAGCCCUUCAGUCCAGACCCAAAUAUGGUGGCCGUCCAGAUCCAAUUUACCAACAACACAAACUCUGAGAUCAAAAACCUGCACAUCGAAGAUCCCAGGCUGCAGUCCGGGAGGAGGAUCCGAGAGUUCACUGAGAUAGAAAUGUUAGCAGUAGGUGAUUCGGUUACCGUGAUGAUGGGCAUAGAUUUCUGUGAUUCCACGCAAGCAGCAAACUUCCAGCUGUGUACUCACACCCGCAAGUUCUUCGCUUCCAUCCAGCCGCCCGUCGGGGAGCUAAUGACACCCGCAUUUCUGACAGAAAACGACUUCAAGAAGGAGCAAGGUAAACUGAUGGGAAUGAAUGAAAUCUUGGAGAAGCUGACGCUGGGAGAGAAAUGUGUGAACGAACAUGUCAUCGUUGAGAGGGUCACGGCCACCGCCAACUUAAGCAGAGUACCAUGCGGUUCAGAUAAAGAGUGCAGUACACCUCCUCCUCCUCCUUCCGUUCCUGUUUACAGAUUCGCAGGUAAAACAGUCAGCAGCGGCUGUCUAGUGCUAGUCUCCGUAACCACGAAGGAAGGCGGCGGAGCUCAGCUGACGGUGAACUGUGAGAAGAUGGUGAUCGGCACGAUGCUGGUUAAAGACCUCGUGCUAGCCCUGUCGCAGUGAUGGCAUCCCCUACAGCCAACACCCUCCUACUGCUGCUUACCACAUUGAGUUGCAGAUAUUUCGCCCAUGUGGACUGGCUUGUAGCAUCAAAAAUAUACUUAGAACUGAUGUCAGAACAGCUAAAGUAACAUUCACGGCCCAGUGUGUUCCUCUUAUGUUCUUCUGCUGAACGUUGCAUGGCAUCAAAGACACUCUUCACACCAUAAACUCACCUGAACUACUGCACAAACCUGCAUCAGUUUCAAUUUAGACGCAACAGUACAUGCUUGACAGUUUUGGAAACCACCUUGUAAUCCAUGAGUCUCUAACCAGUUAAUAAAUCCUUAUUCCUAAGACUAAUAAUCAUCUGAGUGAUUCAUAUGCUGCCUUUGUGAUCUUCCUGAAAUCAAUAGAAACUCUGUGCAGUGUUUAUCUUUCACAUUUACUGAAUGCAAUGUCUUACAUCUGAUGCCAGACCACAUCCACAUGACGACAGUAGAUUUGUUUCCAGAAACCGCUUCAAACUGGUUUAGAAAACAUGAACUUUGUUGAACUCUUCUAAACGUUUUCUUAUUCGUUUCAUAACACAGUCACUUUCUGUUGGUUUAGCAAAAAUCACAAGCUCCAAAAACAUCGGUAUGAAUUCACUGCCUUCAUGUUGUAGCAACAUCUCUCUCAACAGGAAAUGUGUCUUUUCUGUAAUUGCGAAUGUGUAACUACUGAAUUAGGCUUAUGGACGGGUGUAUCUCCCAACAUUCACCAGCUUCUUGUUCUUGUGAAGCUCUCAGAAGAAUACAGUAUAUCACAAUCCAGUUAUUUUAGAUAUUUUAAUGCAGUCUGGAGCCGUUCAUCCUAGUGAAGACACUGUUAGUUUUAACCCUUUUUUGUUUUGAUGAUGUGCUUGAUGGCAUAAACCAGAUCUUCCUUCUCCCUCUCAUAGCUUUACUGUGUGACUGUGGGAAAUCAUGUGUUGUUUAAAUAUUAUAUCUCUAUUUAUUAUAAAGAGUUUUAAAUGUCAAUAAAAGAGAACGCACACUCAAA